AUGGCGCAUCACAACUUGAACGCCGCCAUUUUCUCUCCCUCUGUCGCCCGCAUAGCUGCUUCGACAGCCAAAGACUGGAACUACGUCGACAGCUGGCUCAGCUCCAAGUUUCACGGCCGCGCCCCGCCGCCCUUUGAGCGGAACCCCGAUACUCUUAAGGCGCUGCUGGCUUUGGCUGCUCUGAACGAGGCGGCUGACGAAGACCGCGACCUUGUUGCACGUGCUGAGGCGUUAGCCCUGCAUGGACUGAGCGAGGACACUGAGUGCAGAACUCUUCAAGAUGCCCAGCGCGGAGGCUUUCCCAAGACCAUGUCCGCUGUCAAGAAUGACAUAUUGUUGGCAAUCGAGGACGGCCUCACGAGAGAAGGAAAAUCGGCUCUAGAGGCCGUUGCUUCUGCAGCAGUCCAGCUAGGCAUCGCUUACCCCGAGCCGGAGAGCUUAGGAAGGCGGAUGGUGCAGCUGCAAGCGCAGAAGUUUGACUUGGACCAGGCGGCUGAACGAGUGGCUGUUCUCCAGCGACACAUCGAGGCCGAGUCCGCACAGAUGGACCUUAUGCUGAAGUCUCUAGAAGGAGACGCGUAUCGGCCAGCCUCCGACCUAGCAAAGCAGAAUCUGGAGAUACAACGAAGAAUUAAGGCCAUGGCAGCCAAGCUGCCCGAGCUCAAGAGUAGAGUCUCAGCCUUGGCUACCUCGGUCGGCUCCCCAAGCCAUACCAUUGAAGACAUUCAGAGAGAAGAGUCAGUCUACAUUGAUGUCUUAACCCAGAGAAAAAACCUGGAGGCUCAGGUCCAAACCUUUCACGGCCUUCCACCGGAUACAGACGCCGCGCGCCAGGAGCUAGAAAAUCGACGGUCCGAAUUGCGAUCCAUAACCCAGCGGAGAGAUGCCGUGUUUGAGGGAUUAGUCGAACGAGAGACACCACGGAAAAGACCAUGA